AUGGGCAAGAAUGAAGCAUUGCGCUGGAUUCAGCUGCUUCUAAAAUGUACGAUCUUUCUGUCGAUGACAGGUGCGGCCGUUUCAUCGAGAUUGUUUUCGGUCAUUCGCUUCGAAUCCAUUAUCCAUGAAUUCGACCCAUGGUUCAACUUCAGAGCCACAAAAUACCUUGUGAACCAUGGAUUCUACAAAUUCCUGAACUGGUUCGACGACAGAACGUGGUAUCCACUCGGAAGAGUUACAGGUGGAACACUGUACCCAGGUCUUAUGGCCACAUCAGCUGCUGUUUGGCACGGGCUACGCAAGAUAGGAUUGCCAAUUGACAUCAGAAACAUAUGUGUCUUGUUUGCGCCUGCAUUCUCGGGUGUAACGGCUUGGGCCACUUACCAUUUGACGUGUGAAAUCAAAGACUCUGGUGCUGGGUUGUUAGCGGCCGCGUUCAUCGCUAUCGCUCCAGGAUACAUUUCAAGGUCUGUCGCUGGCUCCUACGACAAUGAAGCCAUUGCAAUUACUCUUUUGAUGGUGACAUUCAUGUUCUGGAUAAAGGCAAUGAAAACAGGUUCAAUUAUGCAUUCGACCUUCGCUGCUCUCUUUUAUUUUUACAUGGUAUCCGCUUGGGGUGGUUACGUGUUUAUCACAAACUUGAUUCCACUGCACGUAUUCAUUUUGAUCCUUAUGGGCCGUUACUCGACGCGCCUAUAUUCUGCAUACACCACUUGGUAUGCCAUCGGUACUUUGUCCUCGAUGCAAAUUCCAUUUGUGGGAUUCUUGCCCAUUAGAUCAAACGACCAUAUGGCCGCUUUAGGUGUUUUUGGGCUCAUGCAAAUUGUGGCUUUGGGAAGCUUCGUCAAGUCUCAAGUAUCCUGGCAGAAAUUUAAGACUGUCAUGAUUGUGUCAUUGGUCUUCUUGUUUGCUGUCGGUGUGUGCGGCUUAUUUGCACUCACCUAUUUCGAUUACAUUGCACCUUGGACUGGUAGAUUUUAUUCAUUAUGGGACACCAACUAUGCCAAGAUUCAUAUUCCAAUCAUUGCAUCAGUGUCGGAACAUCAACCUACCGCGUGGCCUGCUUUUUUCUUUGACACUCAAUUUUUGAUUUGGUUAUUCCCCGCCGGUGUCUUCUUGCUGUUUCUGGAACUCAAGGAUGAGCACGUCUUCAUUAUUGCUUAUUCUGUUUUGUGCUCCUAUUUCGCUGGUGUUAUGGUCAGAUUGAUGUUGACGUUGACUCCAAUCAUUUGUGUUUGUGCGGCUGUCACCAUCUCCAAACUCUUCGACAUCUACGCAGACUUCUCGUUUUGGUCGGAAGAGAACGGCGCCUCCGCUCCAAGCUCUCAAAAGAAGCGUAUCAUGACGCUCAUCACAAAAUUGACGGUUUGUGGUUCGUUUUUGGGUUACUUAUACUUGUUCGUGUACCACUGUACAUGGGUAACAUCGAACGCUUAUUCCUCUCCUUCGGUUGUCUUGCCUUCUCGAAACCAAGACGGAUCCCCAGCAUUGAUUGAUGACUUCCGCGAGGCUUACUAUUGGCUGCGUAUGAACACGGCAGAGGAUGCGAAGGUUGCCUCCUGGUGGGAUUACGGAUACCAAAUCGGUGGUAUGGCCGACAGAACUACAUUGGUCGAUAACAAUACAUGGAACAACACCCACAUCGCCAUUGUUGGUAAAGCAAUGUCUUCUCCACAGGAUAAAGCCUAUGAAAUUCUAAAGCAGCACGACGUAGAUUACGUCUUGGUUAUCUUUGGGGGCCUUAUUGGAUUCUCUGGUGACGACAUCAAUAAAUUUCUGUGGAUGGUUCGUAUUUCGGAAGGCAUAUGGCCUGACGAAAUCAAAGAACGAGACUACUUUACGCCGUCAGGUGAAUAUCGUAUGGAUGAGAUGGCUUCACAAACCAUGAAGAACUCUUUGAUGUAUAAACUAUCCUACCACAGAUUCCCUUCGAUGUUCAAUGGUAUUGAAGGAAUGGACCGCGUACGCGGUCAAAAAAUCAGAGAACAGGAUAUUGGCAAUCUAGACUAUUUCGAGGAAGUUUUCACAUCUGAAAACUGGAUCGUAAGACUCUACAAGUUGAAAGAGUUAGACCCUAUGGGCAGAGAUCUGCAUACAGUGGGAGAGUUUAACCGCAAUGCUGCCCGCGGUCUUAAGAAAAGAUUAGUUAAAAAGCCAUCCGUCGAUAUCAGAGUUUAG